AUGCCGGACUCUAUCUCAUCCAGCAGCUCGGACUCGGGCAGCGAGUCGGGCUGGGUCGACGCCGAAAACGAGGUCGAAGAUGGGCCUACCAUCAUCUCGCUGCUCGAUGACCAGACUUUUAGCGAUGCCUUGUCCAUGGUGAACUACUGCAAGGAGAAAGGCUUUGACUUUUUGGCGACGCGCGACCGGCUAGGACUGGAUUUUUACGGGUGCAUUAAGCUCAUCAACUUUGUCCGUCAGAAAGUCCACGAGAACACACAACUGCCCAGAGAAAUCACAAAAGAGGACCUUGAGGACGACAAGUACCUCAAGCCCGUCCUGGACGACGAUGCAUUUAUCAUAUGCCUCGACGACCUCCCCGAGCCGUCACCAACCGCCACUGGCACGGCAGCAACCCCUGCGGGAGAUGCUGAGGACCUGAGGGCCAAGAACUCGGAGCUGCAGGCCGAACUGGACAAGCUUGCGCGCCAGUUUGCCGACUACCGGCUCGCCGUGCAACAGACGCUCGACCAGCGCUGGGGCGAGGAUGACGCUCCCAAUGCUACCGCUGAUGGUGCUGGUGCAUCUUCGUCGGCAGAUGGUGCCGUUGAGAAGCCCAAGGAUGAUUCCAAGUACUACUGGGAGUCGUAUGCACACAACGAGAUCCACGAGAUCAUGCUCAAAGACACAGUUCGCACCGAGGCGUACCGUGACUUUAUCUACAAUAACAAGCACCUCUUCAAGGACAAGGUGGUGCUCGACAUUGGUUGCGGCACGGGCAUCCUAAGCAUGUUUUGCGCGCGGGCGGGCGCAAAGCUCGUCGUGGCCGUCGACAACUCUGACAUCAUCGACAAGGCGCGCGAGAACAUCUUCAACAACGGCCUCGGAUCCACCAUCACCUGCCUCAAGGGCAAGGUCGAGGAAGUGGUCCUCCCCGUGCCCCAGGUCGACAUCAUCGUCAGCGAGUGGAUGGGCUACUGCCUGCUGUACGAGGCCAUGCUCCCCAGCGUGCUGUGGGCGCGGGACCGCUACCUCAAGCCCGACACGGGCCUCGUCGUGCCCAGCCACGCCAGCAUGUGGGUCGCCCCCUUUGCCGACCAGGACUGGGUCGACGACCACGUCACCUUUUGGCGCGACGUCUACGGCUUCGACAUGCACGCCAUGCAGGAGGGCAUCUGCCUCGACAGCCACAUCGAGGUCGUGCCUUCGUCUUCGGUCGCCGGCGAACCCUCCAUGUUCCGCAUGCUGGACCUGCACACGUGCACCACGGCCGACCUGGUUUUUGACGUGCCCUACCGCUCCGUGGCGACCCGCGACGCCGACCGCCUCGACGGCUUCCUGAUCUGGUUUGACAUCUUCUUCGCCACCGACAGAAACCCCAAGGCCGUCGAGCCCGCAGACGUUACGGCCGCGGCAUGGUCGGAGGGCGGGAAGCGCGAGGACCGCAUCGCCUUCACCACGGGUCCGUUUGGCAAGCCCACGCACUGGAAGCAGGGCAUCCUGCCCAUCAAGCAGGAGGCGGCGCCGGUGAAGCUCGUCAAGGGGCGGGUCAUCGAGGGUAACCUUGCGCUCACGAUACCAAAGGACAACCCGCGCGGGCUGAUGCUCAAGGUCACGUGGAAUGGUGAUGAUGGCAAGGUUCAAGAGCAGUCGUGGGAGUGCUGA